CUGUUCCUAGGCUGUUUACCGUUAUCAUCUAUUAUUAUAUUAUACAUCCAUGGUUUUUGCUGCGAGAGAAAUUAAAGGAUCUGCUUUGCUUUCCAGCGAUCCUUUUCAUCCUGACAGAGAGGACUAGUUUGGGGAAAAACAGCGGGGAAUACAUAUCAAUCGUGUUCACUGUUAUCUAGACUGCGGAGAGAUGAGCAUCGGAGGGGCGGGUAGCUAGCUAGUUGACUGGAUAAACCGACUAUAUCGCCCGCCCUUUCGAUUUAGAAAAGAAACAAAUGCAGCUUUGUAUCUGCUAGUAGACACCCAACCGCUGCUUUUCUUCCUCGCCGUGACUUCUGUUUAUUAACGAUAACAUUAGCACCAAGUGGUGGCUAAUUGACGUUAGCUCUCUUUUCCCAAACAACACGCAAUCGACAUGUCAAAAUACACAAGCUUUCCAGAGCCGAUGGACGACCCCAACCCUUUUCAAGACCCUGCAGUGACUCAACACAGCAGCAACACAGGAUAUGCCACACUGGACCUUUACAACCCAUUUGAUAAUACUACUGGGCCUCCACCUCCGUAUGAAGCCACCUCUCCCUCUGCUCCAUCUGUGCCUGCACAGACCCCACCCACCAGGACUACACCCACUGAGCCUCGCAACUAUGGCUCCAAUUUCUCCCAGACUGCAGUGAACGCUACCACAGCAGAGCUCCUAAAGAAGCAGGAGGAGCUGGAGAAGAAAGCCCGGGAGCUGGAGAGGAGAGAGAGAGAGCUUGAGUCACACAGCCUGGGACCUGGAGCCUCCCGUCAGAAUAACUGGCCCCCACUGCCUUCAUUUUGCCCUGUUGGCCCCUGCUUCUACCAGGACAUCAAUGUCGAGAUCACUCAGCGCUUCCAACGCACCGUCACCAUCAUGUAUUACUUCUGGAUAUUAUGCACUUGCACGCUGUUCUUCAACCUGAUCUCCUCCAUGGCCAUGUUCUGCGUGGACCCGUCGGGUGGUGUUGGCCUGGGCCUCGCCAUCCUCUGGGGCCUCCUCUUCACCCCCUGCUCCUUCAUCUGUUGGUACCGACCCAUGUACAAAGCGUUCAGGAGUGACAGCUCCUUCAAUUUCUUUGUCUUCUUCUUCGUUUUCUUUGCCCAAGUGGUCGUCUCCGUCAUCAUGACUAUUGGGAUCCCAGGAUGGGGUUUCAGCGGUUGGAUCGUGAGCCUGGCUGCUCUGAAAACCAGUGUCCCUGUUGGUGCGAUCAUGAUGAUGAAUGCCGUCCUCUUUACUGCCCAAGCCGCCAUGGGGGUUGUCAUGCUGAAGAAGGUCCACAGUUUAUACAGGCAGACUGAUGCCAGCUUUCAGAAGGCCCAGGCCGAGUUCGCCACCGGAGUCAUGUCCAAUCAGGUCGUUCGCCAAGCCGCCACCAGCGCUGCCACCAGCGCUGCCCAGGGGGCCUUCACCGCACCUCGAUAGAGAGGAACAAGAGGGGGAGGGAGGGUGAGAAAUGGAGGAGGAGGGCCUUUUCAGCUUAAUGGAGGAUCUGUUUUGUAUUUAUUUCCCCACAGGUGAUUAGAAUUUGUUUUAGGGGGGUGACUGAGUCUGUAUAUUUACCUAAGCGACUGAACUACAGGGCAUGUGCAUGAGACAGAGAUGUGGUUGUCUUAUUUCUAAAGGGGUCCAGGACAAGUUAGCUACAUUGGAGUCAAAAA